UCGAGCAACCUUAAAGUGAAGGGUACAAUUCCAACAACUGAAUGAAAGCAACGCAUUUGGAAAACUAAUUCGCCACAAGGUCGCCAUCGGUCUUCCUAUCUUUUUUCAAACCUUCGAGAAAAGUGAAAGAUGGCAGUUACAAAACAAAAAGAUUCACCGCUCAAGUUGGUCAAUCUCGUCAAAGUUCCCCUACGCCAAUGGCGAAUGUAUAUGCUCGAAGAGCCUGACCUGCAAAUCGAUGGCAAGCCUUUCGUGGCCUUGACCCUGAUGUACCAUCCUGAGACUCAUGAAUACGUUUGGCGGGUCCUCGGACGCUUGGUCGAGUCCGGACAAGUCAACAGUUACAAAGAAUUCCUCGACAAAUGCCACCAGUUAUUCAAUAGCGGCACUCCUUGUCUGGGAAGAAAACCGCGGGAUGCCCAAUUCCCAUUGUCUUGUGCGUUUUCAGAGAACUGUUCCAUUAUGAUCCCCAAAUCUAAGAGUAGGACAGCUUGUUCAGCCUGUAUUCCAAUGACAGCAAACUCGAAUUGGGAAUUAUGGCGGGAAAUCUUAGACGUGGCUGUAGAUGUGAUCUAUGACGAUGGUAUUAAAACCCUCGAAUCUCUUACCACUUCCAACCCAAAGGUUUGGUCUUGUUCCAUGUGCUCGGUUGAAGUGCCCAUGGUCGAGAUAAAGCAUCAUUUUGAAAAAGCCCAUUUUUUGAGCCGUUUCGUUUGCUUUCAUUGCCCAGAUCGAUUUGUGGAUGCCAAAGAUCUGAGUUGUCACACAAUCAAGGAACAUCCGGAGAUUCAGGAGGUGUUCUGCCCAAUUUGUUCGACCAAUGUCCCUUUGUACUGUGAGACGGAGUGUUUAGACAAUCACUUUCGUCUCUGUUGUAGGAGCAAGGAAAGGGUUUUGAUACAAGAUCAAAUGGGACGCCAGGUUUUCACGUGUCAACUUUGUUCAUCACAGUUUUCGACGAAUGAUACCUUGAAGACACACUUUGACGGAUGUCAUGCAAAUCUAGCGAGAAAUGAUGGUCAGGUGGGUCAAGGCGAAAAAGAUCCCUUGGAUACGUCAUCAAUCGUCGCACAGACUAAAUUGUCAUCCUCGUCACAGAACAACCCAUCCAAAGACAAUCAGGAUGAUGUAUCCAAUGCUGUGUGCCAUCAAUGUGGCAAGGCGAUGGAUGUCAAGUUUUUGCAUCGUCAUCUCAUGUUCCAUCACCGCAUCGGUGAUUUCAAGUGUACCUCAUGUGUAUUGAUGUUUCAGAGUGCCGAGGAACUUUCUCAUCAUGUCUCUGCUGUUCACCCUGCCCUAGGAUACCUAUUCUGUCCCAAUUGUGCCAAAGAAAUUAACAUUUUGAAUGGACAACGAAAUCUGGUUAAACACAUAGACACUUGCCACAAGAAUAUUUUCUUUAUUAAUGGACAAGGAAAACGUGUUUCAUUUAAGGGCUUUUCUUGCUCAGAUUGUGGUCGAAUCUUUCGGAGCAAGACUGACCUUGAUCUUCACGAAUCUCAAGAGUGUGACUUGACGAAAAGACCAUUAAAGAUAUCCGAUGUAGACAUCAACCCAAAUUUUAAACUCUUGACUUCGGCCGAUGUGGAUGAGUUCCUGGAAGGUUCAAUUUCUCUUAAAUUGGAACCUCCUGAUUCAAUCGACGAUACUAGUUGGAUCAAAGAAGAGCCAUUCCCUUGCAAACAAACAAUGGAAAUCGGGGAUUUGACCGAUAGUUCAAUGCUUUUAUUUGGUCCAAACCCAGAGGUAGAAACUUCUCCCGUCGAAUUUCCAGAGUCGAAAAAAGCCAAGAUUAUUUCACAAUCAAGGUCAUCGUCAUCAUGCAAGGUUGAGUGUCAUGUCUGCUUCAGAAAACUUCCUGCCGAUAUUUUGCCCAAGCACUUAAUGUUUCGCCAUCAAAUUGGACAAUUUGAUUGCCCCAAGUGUCCUAUGAAAGCAAAUAAUGUUAGUGUGGACAAGAUUUCAGAGCAUCUUAUCGAGCAUCCGGAUGUAUUUGAGUUGAAUUGUCCCAAUUGCAAACAAGAUGUGAGUCUUGGAUCCAACCGAAACGGACUCCAAAAUCAUAUUGCAACUUGUCACAAGCUCAAAUUCUAUUGGGAUGAAGCGUCUCAAAUGCACACUCGGGAUAUUGGACUUACGUGUAUGGAUUGCCACCAAAUGUUCGACACUCCCGACCACCUAUUGGAACAUGAAGCCCAGGAUAUUUGUGAUGCUGGUUUAGAUGCGUCCAAGCGUCGAAAGAACUAUAUUAAAUAUUUACUCGAAAUGAGGAAACCAAAACAAGGUUUAAAAUCUUGCGACAGUUGUGACGAAAAGUUUGCGAGUGUCCGAAAGUUGAACAGUCACAAAAAACUUCGCCAUUUCUUCAAUCCAUUACUCUGUAAUGUUUGCGGAAAGAAAUUUCCUAACGAGGCCACGACCAAGUUUCACAUGAACCGACUUCAUCCGACGUCUGACAAGCUCAUAUGCAAAGAAUGUGGAUACAUUGGUGGCAAUGAGCAUUCUCUUAGACGUCAUCAAAGGAUUCACGCACCACCAUCUUACAUAUGUUCCUCUUGUGGCAAGGAAUUUACAACUGAAGAGAGAUUACAAUAUCACAUGAACCGACACCAUCCAACAACUGACAAAUUCAAUUGUCAAGACUGCGGAUUCAUUGCGGGCAAUGGUCCAAUGCUGAAACGGCAUCAAAGAACCCACGAAGCGCCCACUGUUAUGUGUCCUAUUUGUGGCAAGAGGUUUAUCAGGAAGAGUUAUUUGAAAGAUCAUAUGCGGACGCACACCGGAGAGAAGCCUUUCAAGUGUGACUCGUGCGAUUACAGAACUGCGGCUAAAAGUAAUUUGUGCAACCACGUGAAGUUUGUUCACAAGGUUCAACCCCAAGGAAUCCAACAUAGAAGUACACAGAAGAAGCGAAUGAAUCCAGUUUCGAAAUAGAAUUUUCAGCCAUUCCCGCAGGUUACGCAAUAAAGAAUGAUGCAAUAUCA